AUGCUCAGCGACCGCGUUACUCUCUAUCGCGGGCUCUUGCGAGAGCUUCGCCUGUCCCUCAAGGCACCUAGAAAAGUCAACAAACAUGUCGUUGCUCCGUUCCGUUCCAUCGCUGAAAAGCUCGACGACAGCAAUCCGCGUGCGCGACAGGACUACGACAAUGCUAUCAACUUUAUCAGGGCUCAACGGGAACACAAGCGUCUUCUAGAAAGAUACAAUCCGCUCUUCGACUUGACAGCCCAGGAAAGGAUCAAGGCCACAGCUAACAGGGUCGGCUUUAACAUGCCUAAAAUUCACAACGAACAAUAG